AUGACAAACUCAUUUCAAAACGAUAUUCCGGACAUUUAUACCGACAGCAGUUCUGACUCCAGCGACGAUGAUUAUAUUAAGGAUCUGGUUUCGACGAAGGGCAUUAGUUCAGAAAGGAGCGCACCCAAUUCCCAGGAAUUAAAAACUCCAGAUAAAGUAGCCACUUUGUCACAAAGUCCCCCCAAGGAUACACCGAAGAAGGAAGCACUGUCAGGUGUAACUAGUCCCGAUCACGGGGACUCGCAUAAGCUGAGCGCUAAGAGCGUCAAGAGUCCAAAAACCAACACCAAAAAGGGAGAUAAGGAAGAUAAGCCAGACGCCAAGGACAAAGAGGCCAAGGAGGCCAAAAAAGCAGCGAAGAAACAGGAAACGAAGUCUAAGAAGGCGAAGGCAGCAGCUGAAACCAGCGACAUAGUUAAAGACAAGCUGAAGGAGCUGGAUAUGAAUGUGACAUUCGACAAGGAACCGAAGAAAAAGGCGAGGAAGGUCAAGGCAAAAGACGAUAAAUCGAGCGCACCGGGUUCAAAAGUAGGUUCAACAGAGUCAUCAGAAGUAACCUCGGAAGCUGUGUCGCAAGCCACAUCAGGAGCCAGCACGCCGAAAAGAAAGAGGGCGAAGAAGGCUGCAGCGUCUAAGGAGGAAGUUAAGGCGGCAUAUGGGAUGGAUUUGGAUAAGGUAGGCACCACGGUUAAAGUAGAUACGUCAGUUAAGGAAGCAGGUGUGGAAACAGUAGAAAAGGCUCACAAGGUAGAUAAGGUAGAAGGAGCUGAGUCACCCGAAAAGGCAGAGAAGGGAGACAAGGGAGCAAAGUCGGACAAGUCAGACGCCUCAAAGCGUAAAACAAAGGGUGACUCGGAGCCUAAGCCGAAAAAGCCAAGAGUGUCCAAGGCAGCCAAAUCAGAAGGUUCAUCAGGUUCAGGUGAUAAGCCAGUAGCAACAGGCCCCGAAGAAAAGGCAGAUAAGAGCGACAAGGCUAAGACAGGAAAGGGAAAGUUAGGCAAGAAGGUUGAAAAGGCAGAUAAAACUGAUAAAAGUGAGAAACCGGAAAAGAGCGACAAGGGAGAGAAACCGGAAAAGAGCGACAAGGGAGACAAACCGGAAAAGAGCGACAAGGGAGACAAACAGGAAAAGGUUAAAAAGGCUAAAAAGGUAGAGUCAGCUGAUAAAAAAACAGAAGAAGGGGAUAAGGCUCUGGCAACGCUUAAAGGAGCAAAGACUGCUAAGAAGGCCGAUAAGGAUAAGAUGACAAACGAGGAAGUGCUCGACGCACUCAGUAAGCUGGACGACGUACCGCUGGGAGAGUUGAAGGACAGGAUGAGAGCACUGGCACCCUCAGAGUCGGACUCAGAUACAGACUCAGACACGUCGAGUAGCGACUCGGACUCGAGUGUAGACUUAAAAGCGCUGAUGAAGGAGCCAGUUAAGAAGGGAGUGUCUGACGCAAAGGACCAGGAUAAGGACACUGACUCAGAUACGGAGACAGACAGCGACUCAGACGAGUCAGACGACGGGUUCAUAAGGCCAGUGAAGCCCACAUUGGGUGUUUCUGGAGUUAGUAGCGGCCUCACUAAAUCGAGUGACGAUGACAGCAGCAGUGACAGUGAAGACUCAGACGACUCGAUUGGACCAGUUAGGCCAGCUAAGCCAGUUGCUGAGUCUGCUAAGCCAGUCACGGAGUCUGUUAAAUCAGCUAAGCCAACCAAAGUCUCCCUUAAGGCUGUUAAGCCAGCUAAAUCCGUUGAACAUGUUAAACAAUCUAAGGAAUUUGGUAAGCCAACUAAGGAGUUUGGUAAGCCAACUAAGGAGUUUGGUAAGCCAACUAAGGAAUUUGCUAAGCCAACUAAGGAGUUUGGUAAGCCAACUAAGGAAUUUGCUAAGGGUGAAAAGAAGGAAAAGGCCAAGUCGGAUAAGGAUAAGGCUAAAAGACCCAGAAAGCAAGACGAAGAGGAGGAAGAAGAAGAGGCCUCUCCCACUAAGAUGGCAAUGACUGAAUCGUCAGGAGACCAGUUUAUCAACAAGGAGCGUCUUGAGACGUCGUUCAAGGCGAAGGCAGAAGCUCCCCAAGGGUGCGAAAUAUACUGCGGCAACCUGCCAGUGAAUGCGACGGAGGAUGAGCUGAGGGAGCUCUUCGAAGAGUGCGGACUCAUCACGAGGAUCAACAAGUUCAGCAACAAGGGCAUCGCCUUCAUCACGUUCGCGACGCCGGAGUCGGCGCAGAAGGCAGCGGAGUACAACAACUCGCCGUACAAAGGGAAGCUGCUGAACAUCAACGUGACGACGAACAGGCCGGCGAAGGGAGGCUUCGGAGCAAGAGGGGAAGAGGGCGCCAAGUUCGGCUUCAAGGGGAAGCCCUCGGAGGCGACGGUCAGCAACGAGAUCUGCAUCCGCAACCUCAACUUCAACAGCAGCGAGGAGGGCCUGCGGGAGCUCUUCAGCGAGUGCGGCCAGGUCACGCGCUGCUACCUGCCCAAGUUCCAGGACUCGGGCAAGCCCAUGGGCGUCUGCUUCAUCAGCUUCACGACGGUCGAGGCCGCGAGGCGCGCCGUCGAGUACGACCAGACUGAGAUCGACGGCAGGACCGUAUCGAUUCAGUACGCGCUGCCGCGCAACAGGUUCUCGAACCGGGGCCGCGCCGCCAAGGGCAGGUUCACCACGGGCGGCUCCCGGGUCGCCACGUUCGCGCGCUCCUCAGGCAAGUUCGAGGGCGAGCGCAGAGGCGGCUCCCCCAAGUUUUCCCACGACAAGGGCGGCUUUGCGAGGUCGGCGCCCGCGACAGCCGUCUCCGACCUGUCUGGGGACGCGAAGCCAAAGUCGAUACUGUUUGACGACGACGACGAGUAA